AUGGCUUGCAAGUUCACCCAGGUCGCAAAGACUGCGCAAUUGGCUGCUCAAAAGCACAGGCUCUCCACCAGACAAGCUGGUGUCAGUGCAGCGUUCGCUGCCCACCAUGCUGUCCGUAAUCAAUCCACCACCAAGGGACCAACCAAGAUGACGGUCCGUGACGCGUUGAACUCUGCCUUGGCCGAGGAGCUUGACCGUGAUCCGGACGUGUUUGUCAUCGGUGAGGAGGUUGCGCAAUACCAGGGUGCGUACAAGAUCACCAAGGGUCUUCUUGAUAGAUUUGGAGAGAAGAGAAUCAUCGACACUCCGAUCACAGAGAUGGGUUUCACCGGGUUGGCCACGGGUGCCGCGUUGGCCGGGCUAAAGCCGGUGGUCGAGUUCAUGACCUUCAACUUUGCCAUGCAAUCCAUCGAUCAGAUCAUCAACUCUGCGGCAAAGACAUACUACAUGUCUGGUGGUAUUCAGCCAUGUAACAUCACGUUCAGAGGUCCUAACGGUGCUGCUGCCGGUGUCGCUGCACAACACUCCCAGGACUACAGUGCCUGGUAUGGUCAGAUUCCAGGGUUGAAGGUUGUUUCUCCAUACUCUGCGGAAGACUACAGAGGUCUGGUCAAGGCUGCGAUCAGAGACCCAAACCCAGUUGUUAUCUUGGAGAACGAAUUGCUCUAUGGUGAAACCUUUGAGGUUUCUGAGGAGGCCCUCUCUCCAGACUUCGUGUUGCCAAUCGGUAAGGCCAAGGUUGAAAGAGAAGGUUCCGACGUUACAGUUGUUACACAUACCAGAAACGUGCAAUUUGCCCUCGAGGCUGCUGAGACCAUGGCCAAGGACUUUGGCGUCUCUGUCGAGGUUAUCAACUUGAGAUCCAUCAAGCCAUUGGACGUCCCAGCCAUCAUUGAGUCCGUCAAGAAGACCAACCACCUGAUCACCGUUGAGGCUGGUUUCCCAGCCUUUGGUGUCGGUUCUGAGAUCUGUGCUCAAAUCAUGGAGUCCGAGGCCUUUGACUACUUGGAUGCCCCAGUUGAGCGUGUGACAGGUGCUGAGGUUCCAACACCAUACGCUAAGGAAUUGGAAGACUUUGCCUUCCCAGACCCACCAACUAUCAUCAGAGCUCUUAAGAAGGUUUUGUCUAUGUAA